UCGCCCCAGCACCGCUCCAGCCAUAUUGGGCUGUGGGGAGAAAGCGGCUCUAAUGUUCUAUGUCACCUGCAAAUAACCCGGGCGUUCGAAAAAGCACCUCCACCACCUCCACAAUCCACACCAACACCACGUCCUCUCCACACACAAAAGUCCGUCAAAAUGAGCCCGGAAGGCUGGCUCCCGCAGCCCACCUUGCUCCUCACUGGCCUCACCUUGCUCCUCUCGCUGGCGCCCCCAAGACUGGGCAUGGAGGUCAUGGCCCCCGCCAUCAUCAAUGCCAUGAAUGGCUCCUCUGUGAAGCUCUCCUGCACCUUCAACUCCUGCUACAAGGUGGAGAACAAGCAGUUUUCCCUCAACUGGACGUACCAGGAGUGCAGUAACUGCUCGGAGGAGCUGUUCCUGCAGUUCCGCACCAAGAUCAUGAACAAGCAGCUGGACCGCUUUGGGAACCGCGUGGAGUUCACCGGCAACCCCGCCAAGUACGACGUGUCCUUCACCCUCAAAAACGUGCAGCUGGAGGACGAGGGCACCUACAACUGCUACGUGCUGAACCCCCCGGACCGGCACCGGGGCCACGGCAAGAUCAGCCUGAAGGUGCUCACCCAAGAGCCCCCGAAGCACGACUCGACGGUGGCCGUGAUCGUGGGUGCCUCUGUGGGCGGCUUCCUGGCCGUGGUGAUCCUGGUGCUGAUGGUGGUGAAGUGCGUGCGUCGGAAAAAGCAGCAGAGGCUCAACACGGACGACCAGAAGACGGAGGAGGAAGGGAAGACAGACGGCGAAGGCAACCCGGACGAGGGCACCAAGUAAAGGCCCCCUGCCCGCCCCUCCCUCCUGCCCCCUGUACAGUGUGACCCUCUCGAUGUGCUUCCCAGAGCAAGGAUUUCUGUCUCCCCAGAGCAUCCCUCCUUCCAUGCAAACACCCAACCCAGCCUGGAGCAGGGCAGAGAGGAGGUCCCUGGAGCCUGGCUGUGCUGGGCAGGGCUGGGGAGAGGGGCUGAGGCCCCUGAGGCUGAGUCUGUCCCCUGCUUUGAGUUGUGCCAGUGUAGAGGUGCUGGGGGCAGGCUGGGGCGGGUGAGGGGGGAUCUGUGCAGCCCCCACACAUGGAGGGGCUGGAGCAGGGGGUGCCAGGAGGGACAGAGGGGUCUGGGCAGCCCCGUGCCCCAUUGUCUGCUCUCUGUCCCAGUAGAAAAUGUGAACAGGGGCCAGCAGAGCCUUUGGGGUCAGGGCUCAUCCCCAGGUGCUCCUGCUGAGCCUGGGCCACUGGCACUGGUGUUCCCAUUCUGAGGGAUCCCCAUAGCUGCCAGUCUCCUCCUUGCAAGCUCAUGCUCCUCAGGGACUGUCCCAGGCUGCUCACAAGUCAGAGGCCAAGGCCAUGAGCCCACCCAGUGUCCUGGAGCUUUGCAGUGUUUUGGAACCAUUAACAGCUCUUGGUGUGCCAGGGAUGGACCCUUCUGCCUCGGGCUGGUUUGGGUCUGAGCAUCUCAGCCCGAGGUGCUGGGCUGCCUUUUUUGUGCUUGUUUCCUUCUUGGGGGGGGUGGUUGUGGUGGAAAAUGUCCUGCUGAUGUGUCAGACUGGGGUGGUGGGGAGUGCUGGGGUGAGGCUGCUCAGGACAAGGAGCUGCUGAAAGGGAGAGGAGCUUUUGGGCACUUGCUGGGAAGGACUGGGCACAACAGCAGGCCCAGAGUUAGGACAGCUCUGUCAUCCUGGAGCAGCCCUGGGAUGCUGAGACUGCCUCCUUCUGCCUCCCUGCAAAGCACUGCACACUGUAACUGCCAUGGCAAUGCACUGCCAGCGUGCCCAGCCCCAUGUGCCACCUGCCUCACCUGGCAGGUGAGCUGUGCUGCCUGCAGCACUGGGGGUUCAGGCAGGGAAUGACCAAGGGCAGUGUCCCCUGUGGCACCAGACCUGAGCUUUUCUCCUCCCGUGGCUGCCAGGAGGGGGACAGUGCCCAGAGCCACAGGGGACACUGCCCAGUGUAGGGGAUGGAGGUCCUGUCACCCAUGAGCAGCACUGCCAGGGGAGAAGGGACACCUUUGCACCGUCCCCGUGCAGAGAAGGGGCACCUUUGCCACGUCCCUCUGUAGGUGCCAUCCCGGCAAUGCCAUCAGGCCCCAGGGAUGGGGGACAGCUGUGCCCUCCCCGCUCUGCCCCAUCGCUUCCCACCCGGCCCCACGCACCCCGUCCAUCCCACUCGACCCCGCUGGGCUCCACGCUGCUCCCCUCCGCUCCGCAGCAGGAAUGUGCCGUGUCCCACGCCUGCCCCCCUUCCCCGGGCCCUGCUGCCCGGGAGGGCCGGGCUGUCCCCUCCCUGCACAGUGCCAGCGGUGCCGCAGGGCUCCCGCACCGCUUUCUGCCAGAGCCGGGCUGUCCCCGGCUCCCGGCGGGACUGAGCCAGCUCCUCGGGGGCGCUGAGGCCUCUGAGUGUUGCACACGACCAGUCUUGCCUCUGCCUUUCAUUUCUUCUCGUGCACUACCCUUGGAUUGCUACUCGCCGAUGCGUCCGUCUGUACCUGGCCGUGCCCAGCAGAGUGACAAACACAGAUCCGUACACACGGGAGGGGCUGCUCUGCCUCGGGCCUGCGCCUCCCCUGGGCUUCCCUUGCCGAGCGCUCUGCCGAGUGUGGGAUGUUUUUAUUGCUCUUUGUACAGUCAAACAAACAAAAGAACAACAAAACAC